CAGGCCAGUAAAAGUCACCACACAGGAAGUAAAUAUGGGUUGCUGCAGUGGGCUGCUUGUGUCAGUCAGACUUAUGAGAAUGCGCGUCUUCUGAUGGAGUAGAAGAGCUUUAAUUGCAGACUUUGUGACCAUACUAUCGGAGAUUGCUGUACACGAUGCCUGUUGAGCUCGCUGUAAAAAUCUGGGCCUUUACCAAGAGCAGCAGAGUGUAAGGAACAGGCAUGAGGCUGCUGUGAUAAUGGAAUGCAGCAAGAGAAGACGACAAAACAAGUGGCGAGACCAGCAGAGAUAUAGUCGCCAUAACAACACUGAGGACCCAGAGUACCAUGUGGUCAAUGACCAGGAGGGCGCACACAAUGUACACAUACAGCCCGCAAGGCCACUGCAGGCUAACAGAGAGUAUGCAGAUAGACAGCUUUCAAGGUCGUCGUCCAAGCAGAGCCUGUGCUCAAACUCAAGUGGCACAUCUGAUAGGCUCCCCAGAUGUCCACCCCGAAACACCCCAUUUCAUCAAGGUCCUGCUGUAAAUCGAGCCCUGAAGCCAACCAGGAACAAGGUCCCAUUAGAUAAGAGGGCAUCAACAGUGGAACCAAGAGAACAGCAUGGACAUCUCUCACAAAGGUCUCACUCGACAUUAACCCAGGAACUGGUGAAUCGCAUCACCAGCCUUCAGCUACAGAAGCCCUGCAGGAGGGAUGAAUGGAGAGGAGCAGAAACUGCAGAAUUCAGGGCAUCCACUGAAGAUCUACAGAGCUGUGGAGAUGAGGCAGCAGCCAACCAUACCAGCCUUAGAUAUUCUCUGGAUCUGGAUAUUCAAUGUCCCCUAGAUAAAAGGUCACAUCAAAAAAGCAAAUGGCAAGAAAGAUCAUCAAUGAAGCAUAGAAAUCACGAGUGGCCUCAAACCAGAGGAGACUUUGACCAACAUGAUUUUGUUCCAAAGGAAAAGCCUCCACAGACAUAUCAUCAUGAAGACUGGUAUGUUGGACCUUGUAAUAGGGCUGAUGCUGAGCAUGCCCUACACCUAGUGAACGAGGAUGGUGCAUUUUUGGUUCGAGACUGUUCAAAGAACGACGGCGAUGAGCCUUAUGUUUUGACGGUGUAUCAUGAGAAGAAAGUUUACAAUAUAAAAAUUCGGUACAUUGAGAAGGCCAGCAAGUAUGCCCUUGGGACAAGACAACGGGAAAAUGAUAUGUUUGAUUCUGUUGCAGACAUCAUCAAAUUCCACACCAUAUUCCCAAUUGUAAUCAUCAAUGGGCGAAAUACGACGGCAAGCAGAUUAGCAGGAAACUGCGUGUUGACAUGCCCGACCACUAAAAGGGACGUUGAGCAACUCCUAGGGUUGAAGCACGUGACCCUCUAGU